AUGGCAUAUCCAAAUUUUAUUAGUAAAAUAUUUUCAAUAUAUAUGAAUAUAACUCUUCAUGUCAAAAAUUCAUAUAAUGCCAAUUCUGAUCUUGAUGUAGAUAUUUUAAUUGGAGGUAAAACUUAUUAUAGUUUAAACUUUUUAAAUAUGGAUAAUUCUAAUGAAAGAAUAGUUAGAGAAAAACAAUCAUACAAUAAUUUAAAAAAAGAUGAAUGUAUUUUAUUUGUUUCAAAUUUUCAUUUAACAGAAGAAGAUAAGCCAACAAAACAAUUUUCAAAAAUAGAUACUUUAUAUAAUAAAGAAUUUAAUUCAACUGAUUUUGGAUUUGUUAAUCAUGAAUGUAUCUGGUCAACAUUUUUUAACUUUGAAGAAUAUAAACUUAGUAUUAGUUCAUGUAUACCAAUCAUUGAUUUUUUUGCUUUAUAUACAAAAGGUUCAUCAUUAGAACCAGAAUUGGUAUUUGAUAAAUUUAAUAUAAGUAUUUCAAUAAGACUUAAUCAAAAUUUUGAAAAAAUUUGUAUGACACAUUGUAAUGAUUUGAUUAAAUUUUUGAAAAAAUUUGAUGUAUCAUAUAUGAUGCCUAUUGGUAAUCAAAUUAUAUUAAAUGAAAAAGUAAUGCAAAAAUUUACAAGAGAUAAAAAAUCAUUUAUUAUGAAUUCACCUAUGAUAGGAGACAUCAAUAAUUUAAUAUUUAAUUGUAAUGAAUAA